AUGAUAAAUUACUUUUUCUUUAGUAAAGAAACAUCUACAUAUGCCUUUUUAGGUUUAAUUUGGUUUAUUUCAAUUUCGCUUGUAAUUGUAAAAAUUGAACUUUCAAGUAAUGAUGCACUCCGAAUAUUUGGAGACAGCUUACAGUAUGCUAUACAAUAUACUGAAACUGUCCAACUGAAAGAUAUUCUACUAAAAUUCUUGGAUAUUUUGAAGGCAAAAAUUCUGAUUAUUUUGGUGAAAUCCUUUUUAAAUUUUACUUCGAGGAAAUAUAUUCUUUAUUGGAGAAUUUCACUUUCGAAGUAUUACCUGGAUUUCUGGCAUGAAAUACACUCGCAAGAAGGAGCUGCACAAAGGAUACAAGAAGAUAUAAUGAGGUUCUGUACUCUUUUUGAGAUGUUAUUUAUUAAAUUUCUUCAUGAUUUAUUUAUUGCUGUUGCUUACUUACCAUUACUGGCUUCACUAAGCCGUAAAAUUCCUAAAGUAUGGAUCUUCCCAAAAGUCCCCAACUUUUUGUUAGCUCUUGCAAUAUGUAUAGCUAUAAUAGGAAGUAUUAUUUCACUUAUUCCAGGAGUUUAUAUUCCUAAAGCUAUAAUAGAUAUUGAUAAAUCUGAAGCUGCACUAAGAAAGGAGCUUGUUUUGGGUGAAAUACUAACUGAAAGUGCAAAUAUAGAUACCUUACAAGAAUUAUAUAAAAAGGUUGAGAAUUCCUAUUAUAUAUAUUAUUAUAGAAACUUUUUUUUAAAUAUACUUAAAACUACAUAUAUCCAACUCAAUGUUAUUACUUUGUGGCUAACAUUAUCAGCUUCACUAGUUCGCCCUUUUACUCUGGGUUUAUUAAAGCAAACUAUGGAUGCUUUUGAUAAAGUUUCUGCCACUUGCAAUUUUGUAAUGACUCACUUAGGUGAACUUGUAGAAUUAAUUGCACUUUACAUUCGUCUUAGAAAGAUAGAACUAAUUAUUUCAAAAUGCUUAUAA